GAGAUCCAGGGACAGAGUCUCAGCCUCGCCGCUGCCGCCGCCCAGAGACUGCUGAGCCCCCGUCCGACCGCCGCCACCCACUCCGGACACAGAACACCCAAUCAUGGAUAAAAAUGAGCUGGUGCAGAAGGCCAAACUGGCUGAGCAGGCUGAGCGAUAUGAUGAUAUGGCAGCCUGCAUGAAGUCUGUAACUGAGCAAGGAGCUGAAUUAUCCAAUGAGGAGAGGAAUCUUCUCUCAGUUGCUUAUAAAAAUGUCGUAGGAGCCCGUAGGUCAUCUUGGAGGGUCGUCUCAAGUAUUGAGCAAAAGACGGAAGGUGCUGAGAAAAAACAGCAAAUGGCUCAAGAAUACAGAGAGAAAAUUGAGACAGAGCUAAGAGAUAUCUGCAAUGAUGUACUGUCUCUUUUGGAAAAGUUCUUGAUCCCCAACGCUUCACAAGCAGAGAGCAAAGUCUUCUAUUUGAAAAUGAAAGGAGACUAUUACCGUUACUUGGCUGAGGUUGCUGCUGGUGAUGACAAAAAAGGGAUUGUGGAUCAGUCACAACAAGCAUACCAAGAAGCUUUUGAAAUCAGCAAAAAGGAAAUGCAGCCAACGCAUCCUAUCAGAUUGGGUCUGGCUCUUAACUUCUCUGUGUUCUAUUAUGAGAUUCUGAACUCCCCAGAGAAGGCCUGCUCGCUUGCAAAGACAGCUUUUGAUGAAGCCAUUGCUGAACUUGAUACGUUAAGUGAAGAGUCAUACAAAGACAGCACGCUAAUAAUGCAAUUACUGAGAGACAACUUAACAUUAUGGACCUCGGAUACCCAAGGGGAUGAAGCUGAAGCAGGAGAAGGAGGGGAAAAUUAACCGGCCUUCCAACUUUUGUCUGCCUCAUUCUAAAAUUUACACAGUAGACCAUUUGUCAUCCAUGCUGUCCCACAAAUAGUUUUUUGUUUACGAUUUAUGACAGGUUUAUGUUACUUCUAUUUGAAUUUCUAUAUUUCCCAUGUGGUUUUUAUGUUUAAUAUUAGGGGAGUAGAGCCAGUUAACAUUUAGAGAGUUCUCUGUUUUCAUCUUGAGGUGGCCAAUAUGGGGAUGUGGAAUUUUUAUACAAGUUAAAAAUGUUUGGCAUAGUACUUUUGGUACAUUGUGGCUUCACAAGGGCCAGUGUUAAAACUGCUUCCAUGUUCUAAGCAAAGAAAACUGCCUACAUAUUGGCUUGUCUGGUGGGGAAUAAAAGGGAUAAUUGGUUCCAGUCACAGGUGUGAUUAUCGUGGGUACUUUAAGGUCCGGAGCACUUAGAAGGCUGUGGUAGAAACCGAUAUCCCUUGGAUGCUACAUGUCGAGCCAUGUGUAUCUGCAGAAUACUCAAUCUCAGUGUGCACACCUUUGACUACAGCUGCAGAAGUGUUCCUUUAGACAAAGUUGUGACCCAGCUUACUCUGGAUAAGGGCAGAAACGGUUCACAUUCCAUUAUUUGUAAAGUUACCUGCUGUUUGCUUUCAUUAUUUUUGCUACACUCAUUUUAUUUGUAUUUAAAUGUUUUAGGCAACCUAAGAACAAAUGUAAAAGUAAAGAUGCAGUAAAAAUGAAUUGCUUGAUAUUCAUUACUUCAUGUUUAUCAAGCACAGCAGUAAAACAAAAAAACCCAUGUAUUUAACUUUUUUUAGUUUUUUUUGCUUUUGUGAUUUUUUUUUUUUUAUACUUGCCUAACAUGCAUGUGCUGUAAAAAUAGUUAACAGGGAAAUAACUUGAGAUGAUGGCUAGCUUUGUUUAAUGUCUUAUGAAAUUUUCAUGAACAAUCUAAGCAUAAUUGUUAAGAACACGUGUAUUAAGUUCAUGUAAGUGGAAUAAAAGUUUUAU